AUGUCAAACCUGGGAACAGUCAAGCACAUCCCCAAGGAGGUCAGAUACAACUUCCUCAACAUGGCCGCUCCGGCGAGCUAUGUUGCAGGUCUUGGUCGAGGUGCUUCAGGUUUCACCACUCGAUCCGAUAUCGGUCCAGCUCGAGCCGGCCCUUCCGCUGAUGUUGUCUCGGAAGCCCAAGCCCGCCGUGGGGAAGAGGAUAUCCCGGACCCAGAUGCUAUGCAGGACCCGGACGACGAGAGGAAUCUGUUUGCGGGAACGGUUUAUGAGGCGGACGAUGAGGAAGCCGACAGAGUCUGGGAUAACGUGGAUGCGAGGAUGGACGCGAGAAGAAAGGCAAGAAGGCGAGUAUCUGCCGCUGCAUGGAAAAUCCAAGCUGAUGGUGUUUGUAGGGAGGCAGUAGAAGCCGAGAUGGCGGCGCAAGAACGAGCUCGUAACCCAAAGCUACAGACCCAAUUCGCCGAUCUCAAGCGUACGCUCUCGAGUCUGAAUGAUACGGACUGGGACGCUAUCCCAGAAGCGGGUAAUCUGACCGGCAAAAGGCGAAAGCACAACUUGCGUCUCGAAGAGAACCAGAACGGCAAAAGCUACAAUGUCAGCGAUACGGUCAUCACAGACGCUAUCAACAAAAAGCAAACAGUCGGAGAGGUGGACGAUGCGGCAGAUGGGACAGAGACGGAUUUGGUUUCUAUUGGUAAUGCUCGAGACCGAGUCUUGUCAUUGCAGCUUGACCAAGCUACAAAAGAUGCCAGCAAUGGCUCGUCCACCAGUAUUGACCCUCGUGGCUACAUGACCGCUCUCAAUUCUCAAGUUGUCCAGACUGAUGCCCAAAUCGGCGAUAUCAAACAGGCUCGUCAACUUCUUCAGAACCUCAUCCAGUCCAACCCCAAGCACGCCCCCGGAUGGAUUGCUGCGGCAAGUUUGGAGGUGCACGCGAAGAAGAUGGUAGCGGCGAGAAAGAUCAUUGCCGAGGGAUGCGAGAAAUGUCCGAAGAACGAGGAUGUUUGGUUCCACGCUGCCGAGUUGAACACUCCUGAAAACGCCAAGGUCAUUCUCGGCCGCGCCAUCCAACACGUUCCCCUCUCCGUCAAGAUCUGGCUCAAAGCCGCCGAGCUCGAAGCCGACGUCUCCUCCCGCAAACGCGUCCUCCGCAAGGCCCUCGAAUUUAUCCCCAACUCUGUCCGUCUCUGGAAAGAAACCGUCAACCUCGAAGACGACCCCGAAGACGCCCGGAUCCUUCUCACCCGUGCGGUAGAGGUCAUCCCGACGUCGGUGGAGUUGUGGUUGACGUUGGCGAGGUUGGAGACGCCGGCGAAUGCGAAGAGUGUCUUGAACUCGGCGAGAAAGAAGAUUCCGUCGAGUCAUGAGAUUUGGAUCGCGGCGGGUAGGCUGGCGGAGCAGAGUCCAGCAGCUGUGGCGAAGGAGGUCAAGAUGGAGGAUGACGAAGCUGCUCGUGCGGCAGAGACGCAAGCCAGGCAAAAGCUUGCUACCCAAGUGGACGCGCUCAUGAAGAAUGCCGUCAACUCUCUGCGCAAAAACCAGGUGCUCUUAUCCAGGGAACAAUGGCUGCAGGAAGCCGAAACGUGCGAGCAAGACGGGUCGCCGUUAACUGCCCAGGCUAUUGUCAAAGCCACUAUCGCGCAGGAUGUGGAAGAGGAGGACAGGAUGGAUGUGUGGUUGGAGGAUGCUGAGCGGGCAAGCAAGGGUGGCUUCUAUGAGGUUGCGAGGGCUUGUUACGUCAAGGUGCUCGAGGAGUACGGAGACGAGCCAUUCGUGUGGCGACGAGCCGCCGAGUUUGAAAAAGCACAUGGCUCACCUGACUCUGUCCAGGACAUUCUCGCUCGAGGUUACACUGCCAACCCUCACGCCGAAGUGCUCUGGCUCAUGGCUGCCAAGGAGAAAUGGCUCUUCGGCGACGUCCAGGGUGCCCAGGCUAUCCUCGCAUCGGCAUUCGAACAAAACGAAGACUCCGAGUCCAUCUUCCUUGCUGCCGCCAAGAUUGCCGCCGAGUCGUCCGAGUUUGCCGCUGCGGAACAAAUAUUGGAGAAGGCGCGGGGACAGGCGGACACGGAGCGGGUGUGGAUGAAGGGUGCGGUGCUCGCGAGACAGCUGGGCAAGACGGAAGAAGCGCUCAGGAUUUUGGAGGAGGCGAUCCAAAAGUUUGGCAAAUUCGACAAGCUUCAUAUGAUCCGUGGUCAGAUUUACGAAUCCGCCACUCCCCCCAAUAUAUUCGCUGCGCGUAAAGCCUUUGAGGACGGACGAAAGUCGUGUCCCAAGUCUAUACCGCUUUGGGUCCUGGGGGCGAGAUUGGAAGAGAAGUCGGGUGCGACGAUCAGGGCGAGAGGGUUGAUGGAGAAGGCAAGGUUGUCGAACCCGAAGAAUGAUGAGCUGUGGCUGGAGAGUGUUGGGAUUGAGGAGCGGGCUGGAGCGAUGCAAGAAUGCCCCACCUCCCCCCUCCUCUGGUCCAAAGCCAUCUUCAUGGAACAGCCCCAACAGCGCAAAGGCCGCUCUGUCGACGCCCUCAAAAAGGCCGGCGAACACCCCGCCGUCAUCCUCGCCGUCGCCCGUCUCUUUUGGUCUGAACGCAAGAUUGAAAAGGCGAGGGCUUGGUUUGGUAAUGCGAUCACGGCGGAUCAGGAUUGGGGAGAUGCGUGGGGGUGGUGGCUCAAGUUUGAGAGGCAGCAUGGGGAGAAGGAGAGGCAGGAGGGGGUGGUGGAGAAGUGUAUCGCUGCCCAACCGCAUCAUGGACCGGUGUGGCAGGCUGUGGCGAAGGACUUGGCGAAUGUUGGGAAGAGCACGCAGGAGGUGUUGGAGCUGGUAGCGGACAAGUUGGAAUAG